CACAGGGCAUGAUUCCUAGGUCAUUUUAUAGACUUUUCCUCAGAUACAAGAUUGCCCUAUAUCAUCACCAAAUUUGGCGACACCUAGGACAAUUCCGUUGGUUUUGCAAACUCCAAUGUUCAAAAAACCACACGAAAAGAAAGUCAUAAAAAAAACAAAAAACAGACUUAGGAAGGUAGUUUGGCUCCAAAAAAAGGUGAUUGAAUCACGUAACACCACUUUCCUUAUUUUCCUCAACCUCGUUCUUAUUCUAAAUAACUGCUAAUAACCCUAUCUCGUUUUUUACUUCACAGUUUUCAAACUCUCAUCUCUCUCACACACACCCCAUUUCUUUCUUUUCUUUCUUCUCUUUCUCUCUAAGUGAUGGCUUCAGACCCCACCAGAAAGAGACUGGUAUUAAGCUCAAAGGCCAUGGCUGAUGCAGCUUCAUGGUACUGUGCCUUUGUUCUUGUGGCCCUUUUGCUCCUAACCAUGUUCAGAGACAGCUCCACGCUUCCGAGCCAUGUAGACAACAACAACAACAACCAACUCAUGUCACGGCCAUGCGAGGAAAUCUAUGUUGUUGGAGAAGGUGAGACACUUCACACGAUAAGUGACAAGUGUGGUGACCCUUUCAUAGUUGAGAACAACCCUCACAUCCAUGACCCUGAUGAUGUCUUCCCUGGCCUCGUUAUCAAGAUUACACCCUCACAUCAUGCCUAGAAUAGUUAAGGUUUUAUAUUGAAGGAAGAAUCGAUUCUGUUAGAGGAAUAUAUUGUCAUCAUCUUGUUCUUUCUUUUUUCACUUUAUUCCUUUCUUGAUCCUUGUAUAUAACUUCUCAGA